CUCAGCCCCCACAUUGAUCAGUCUCUGUUGUGAACGCGAACGCGUACGGAUUGUUUCGAGAAACGCGCGGCAAACCGGUAUAAGUGUGAGGUCUCCAUUUUUUAGUUGCCAUACAUACAAACAUUCCUCAGUGAAAAUUAUAAAGAAUUCUUUGUAGAAAACUUUGUUAUUCUAUUGAAAACCAGUUUUUGUAAACAAAAGUGCGAAGAUGGCCAAAUACGUUACGGACAAAGCGUUAUUCAAUGUCAGUCUGCGUAAUGCCUGCCUGGGCAUAUCGAUAUUCUUUCUGGUCAUGCUGGUGCUGGGCGUCAUAGCGCGACCGAGUUAUUUGCACAGCAGUUCUUCACUUGUAGGUUUCAUUAUUGAGCUGCUUGCCAAUUUGGCGCUGCUGUUCGGUGUUUUGUGGAGCAACGCUUGGCUGGUCUUGGCUUGGCUUGUCGUCGCCGUGCUAUUCUUCAUACAUUGGCCAAUCGCAGUUUUGGGUGUAAUUUUCAAUUAUGGCGAUUAUCGCGCAGCUGCUUUCUUCGACAAUGUUUUUCUCAUACUAUUCGAAUAUAUACUGGCUUUGGUGAUUUUCGGCUACUGCUCAUAUCUCGUCUACUCCUACUUCCAUCAAUUGCGGAAUAGUCAGUCAGCGACACCACAUGGCGUUGUUGUGUAAAUAUGUACAUAAUACACCUAUGUACUUAGCCAUA